UUAUUAGUUUCAACCGACAGAAAGAGAUAAAGAUGGCGACUGCAAGCAAUGAGAUUAAACUUAUUGGUCCCAGUAAUGUAGAGGAGUAUGAUCCCUCUGCUGUGACUCUCUCGUGUCGUCUGUCUCCUGAAAUCAGUGCUGUUAACAUGGAGAUCCGGUGGUUUAAGGAGACAGACUGUGUUUGUGUCUAUAAGAACAGACAGGUGACAAAGGGGAGACGUUACGAGGGCAGAGUGAGUCUGUUUACUCAGGAGCUGGAGAGAGGAAACGUCUCUUUACAGCUGAGAGACUGUACACGGUCAGAUGGAGGACAUUACCUGUGUCAGGUCACUGAUGGAGACAGAACAGAGGAGAUUACAGUAGAGAUGGAAGAGUGA